AUGAGUACUAAUACGACCAAGCCCGUACCCACAGGAGGCUUCAAAGGCAGUGACCUGCCUCCAUUGGUGACCGACAGGCCCCCCCGCGUUCUCAUCGCCGGCGGUGGUUUGGGAGGACUAUUCCUUGGAAUUCUCCUCGAGAAAGCAGGAAUCCCCUAUGAGAUCUUUGAGAGGUCGGCCGAGAUUAAGCCCCUUGGCGCCAUUAUGUGCUUGACGCCAAAUGUCUUCCCUGCUUUUGAACAAUUGGGCCUGUACGAAGAACUGUUAUCCUUCUCAAAACCUCUGCGAGACGGUGGAUCUGUACUGACGGACAAGCUAAAGCUCAUCGCUAACUUCAAGUCCAUCUCCCCAGAAGUCAUGGGGUACGAACGCCAGCUGUUCCCUCGUCCGGAGCUGCACGAAAUGUUGCUCCGCAAGAUUCCCACAGAAAAGAUGCACCUAUCCAAGAAGAUCCUCUCCUUCCAGCAGAACCACGAAGGAGUCAUGGUUCGAUUCAGCGAUAACACCACUAUCCACGGCGAUAUCCUUGUCGGAGCCGAUGGUGCACACAGUGCCGUUCGUCAACAUUUGUACAAGACCUUGGAAAAGCAGGGAUUGCUCCCCAAGACUGACAACCAGAGUAUGAGGAAGGGGUAUAUCUCCUUGGUGGGAACGACCAAGGAGUUGGAUCCAGAGAGGUACCCGGACGUCUUGAAGGAUGAUUGUCAGACUUAUGGUAUCAUUGGAGACGGGAACACUCCGUACACUUGGUGUACAUUCACCGUUCCAGGAAACAGGAUCUGCUGGAACGUCGUUGUCCAGUUGGGCGUUGCCGAGAUCGCCGACGACCAAUUCAGGACGUCGGAUUGGGUCCCACAGCAGAACCAAAAGAUGAUGGACUCUAUCCGCCACUUCAAGACCACUUAUGGAACCAUGGGUGACCUUUUCGAUUCUACGCCUAUUGAAGUGGUCUCCAAGGUGUACUUUGAGGAUAUGAUGUUUGAGACCUGGUACCACGGACGAACCGUCUUGAUCGGUGAUGCUGCACACAAGCUCCUCCCAAGUACAGGUGCCGGCGCCGUGAACGCAAUGCAGGACGCUGUCAUCCUCGCUAACCACUUGUAUGACAUCAAACCAACCAGCUUCGAGAACAUCAAAAACGCAUUCAAAGGAUACAAGGAUGAGCGCUACGAAGCUGUCAAGGAACAGUACGCACAAACUCAAUUCGCUGCCAAGCUGCAAUUCGGCCAUACAUUCUCGGAGCGAAUUAUGCGAUACAUCUUGUUCAAUUGGAUCCCCAAGUCGAUGCAGAUUAAGCAAAUGUCAAAGGACAAUGCCUAUCGCCCCCAGGCCAACUUCUUGCCCCAGACACCCAAGCGCGGCAAAUUAGACACACUCUCUCAGGAUCCUUUAAAGCGCGUCCAAAAGGAGAGAGAGGAGGAGGAGGAGGCUCAGAGAGUGACAGCCGCUGCCCUUUGA